CGCACUCGCCACCCCGCGCCGCGGCUACUGCCUUGCGGUGUGCUGUUAGACAGCCAGCCCUCGGGCCCCCGCCCGCCACGGACAUGCCGCGCGUCUACAUAGGACGCCUGAGCUACAACGUCCGGGAGAAGGACAUCCAGCGUUUUUUCAGUGGCUAUGGCCGUCUUCUCGAAGUAGACCUCAAAAAUGGGUGUGGUGGAGGUGGAUACAGCAGUCGGAGAACCUCUGGCAGGGACAAAUAUGGACCACCUGUUCGUACAGAGUACAGGCUUAUUGUAGAAAAUCUUUCUAGUCGCUGCAGUUGGCAAGAUUUAAAGGAUUUUAUGCGGCAAGCAGGUGAAGUGACCUAUGCAGAUGCUCAUAAAGAACGCACAAAUGAGGGUGUAAUUGAGUUUCGCUCCUACUCUGACAUGAAGCGUGCUUUGGAUAAACUGGAUGGUACAGAAAUAAAUGGCAGGAAUAUUAGGCUUAUUGAAGAUAAGCCACGAGGAAGCCAUAGACGAUCUUAUUCUGGAAGCAGAUCCAGGUCACGAUCUCGAAGAAGGUCACGAAGUAGGAGUCGCAGGAGCAGCCGCAGUAGAUCUCGAAGUAUCUCAAAAAGUCGCUCCCGAUCCAGGUCGCGGAGCAAAGGUCGCUCACGUUCUCGAUCAAAAGGCAGGAAAUCUAGAUCAAAAAGCAAAUCUAAGGCCAAGUCUGAUCGGGGCUCCCGUUCACGUUCUCGAAGCAGAUCUAAGGAUGAGUAUGAGAAAUCUCGAAGCAGGUCUCGAUCUCGAUCCCCCAAAGAAAAUGGAAAAGGUGAUAUAAAGUCAAAAUCCAGGUCAAGGAGCCAGUCUCGUUCCAAUUCACCCCUACCCGUUCCACCCUCAAAGGCUCGUUCUGUGUCCCCUCCACCAAAAAGAGCUACUUCAAGGUCUCGUUCUAGAUCUCGCUCAAAGUCAAGAUCAAGGUCCAGAUCGAGUUCCAGAGAUUAACCCAGAACUCUACGUUCUUUGCACACUAUUACGGAACACUUUCCUACUUGCUUAGGCAGUUACUCUUCCAUGUUUAUACUUGGUCUCUUCAACAAGAGGAAUCUCCUGAAAACAGGGGCACACAGAAAUUUGAUUUGUGGCCAAAUUUGAUGAAAAAAGAUGAGGUUUUAAGGAAAUGGUGGCAUGAAGUCAAAGGCCCUCUCCCCUUUGUAGAAUUAAGAUGACU